GCAAAGAUGGAAUUGAGGAAGGACUUAGGCAGUAUAUCUGUUCAGCAAUACGAAAUACCAGGAUAUGCUCCCUUAUCUGGCAAGAAUCACAACUCUAAUAUAAAUGAGAAGUCACAUCAGAAGCUCGUAAAGAGGUACCGAAGUAGGUUGACUCUAAAUAAAUCACAAGAGCCUUGUGAUAAAAUCUCUGCAACUCUCUCUAAAUCUCCUAGUGCAUUGAGUAGAUACAACUUUGUCACUACAAUCUCAAAUCCUGCUUAUGUGAUAGCACCAGUGGCCAAGAGGAAGAGGGAAUUCACAAAUCUGGAGACUUGGAAAUUCGUGAAUGAUAGACAUAAGAAUAUUUCACUGAAGAACCAUCAUAAAAUCAGAAUAAAAUAACAUUGAUAGCCAUAUGGAGCAAUAUUUGGAAAAACAGAAAUAAACUUAUGAGGAAAAGGGAAAGUGAAACCCUUAGACUUGCUAGUACCCAAGAUGAUGAAGAAAAGCCUGACUCAAGCCAACUUUUAGAGAAGCUUAAAAAGGAAGUUAUUCUUGAUCGGCAGAUUAGGAGGUACUCAAAAGCAGAUAGUUUUAACCUACCCACUCUGAAACUUUCCUCGGUCAGAAAGUUUAACAUCGAGAGUAAAAUGUCAGUCUCUCCAAAAUUGCGAAAUGUUAAGAAUGUUUCCCCAAAGCUCAAGGUUAAGAUGAAGAGGGAUUUAAAUGAAAAAGGGCGUUUAGUGAACUCAAAAAUUGAUCAAAGCUUCAAAUUUCAAGAUAAAAUCAGAGAACGAGUGAGGAAGAACUUAUCUGAAAUAAAAAUUAAAGAUCAGAAUAAACGGACAAGCUCCAUUGUAGCACCAACUAGGAAAUAUGACCAAUUUGGCUCUAUUUCAUCAGAACUGAGUGAUACAAAUAUCUCACUCCCUGAUGAGAUGCAUCAGCCCAUUAUCAAACCUCUAAAAAUGGAUGCUGCUCUAGAAAUAUCGAUUCCCUCUAAAGCCAAUACAAAGUCCAAUUUCCAAUUGUUGAAAACAAAUCCUGAGAGAAGUAGGAGUUUUAUUGGCGUGAGAAAGGACGGGUCUUCAAACAGAUUCUCAGAAAACGGGGAGAUGUACCAAGUUUCACCGAAUAUCCAUAUCCUACAAUCACCUUUGAUGACUAAGUCAAAACGGAAAGAAAAUGUUGAAGAUAUCUCUGAAGAAUACUCAGACUCGUUCUCUUCAGAAGAUGAAUGCAAAAUGGCAAAGAUCAAGGCAAAGGAACGGUUUGAUUUUGGCAAUAGAACAGCAGUGAAGGAUGCCAGCAUUGAUGUGAAUACACUAGACCAGAUGGAAAGACUUAUAAUCACGCCGAAAGAGCUAUACAGAAACUCUUACAAGAGAACAAAGGAAGAAAAGAAAGAGAUUCAGAAUUUACUAGACUCACUCCCCAGCUUAAGAUCCAAGCAAGAUAAAUAACACUAUCGCUGUAGUAGAGAACAACGAAGAAUUCCAGAAAUUCUUGACUAAACGGAAAAUCUCCAUCGAGAGGAUGGCUCGAAGAGUGGAGGAACUCUCCAAGGUCAAAGGCUGAAAAGAACAGAUUAUCGAAUAUGUUGAGAGCAAGCAUCGCAUGAGAAGACUUAUUAAUAAGAUGAAUACUUAA